AUGCACUCCAGCUCGGAAACGACGCGCAUCGCGUCAGUCGUCCGCCUGAACAAAGAUGGCCCUGCAGAAAAUCAGUCGCUUGCAGAAUGGUGGGCUAGCGAACAGAGUCAGAACACGCCCGAGGCUGCCGCGAUCGCAGAAGCCGCGAAACUUCUUCAGACGAGCGAUAUCCCCGUCGCAUUUCCCACGGAGACAGUUUACGGUCUAGGCGCGGACGCCACGCGGAGUGAUGCGGUGCAGGGCAUAUACAAGGCCAAGCAGAGGCCGUCGGAUAACCCGCUCAUUGUGCAUGUCGACUCUCUGCAGAUGCUCGAACGGCUGCUGAAUCCCGCCUCGGAUACUACCUGCCCGACGAAGAUUGUUAAGAACACCAUUCCUUCGAUCUACGAGCCCCUGAUCGAACGAUUCUGGCCGGGCCCGCUUACAAUUCUUCUCCCGAACCCGUCGGGUUCGCGUCUCGCGCCGGAGGUCACGUCUAAUCUUACGACAUUUGGUGUGCGCAUGCCGUUGUCGCCUUUGGCGCGGCUGCUGAUCCACGUUGCGGAUAGGCCGUUGGCUGCGCCUUCGGCAAAUGCAUCUACAAAGCCAUCGCCAACGGCGGCGGAACAUGUCUUCCAUGACCUGCAGAACCGGAUUGAACUAAUCCUAGACGGUGGGCCAUGCGGUGUUGGUGUCGAGAGCACAGUCGUCGAUGGGCUUUCCAACCCACCAAGCAUCCUACGGCCCGGUGGCGUGGGACUUGAAGAGCUGCGGACCUGUCCUGGCUGGGAGAAUGUACAACUCGCGUACCAUGACGGAACGUACGAUGUGAAAGAGGUCCCUCGCGCACCGGGGAUGAAGUACAGACAUUACUCGCCUAAAGCGCGAGUUGUUCUUUUUGAAGCCGGCUCGAACCCCCAGGCUAUUGCUAACCACGUCAAACGCGAUCUACAGGACACAGCCGUCGGUGCGCAUUCGAUCGGUCUUGUGCGGACGCAGACUUGGGAACGCGGACUCCAGCUCUUACCGGAGGAAGAUGUUGAGAGGACGGCAAAGGCUAUCCCGUCGCUUGUCAACAACCUAGUCCAGUUCGCUGUCCCCGUUGGUGGCAAGCCGAAGGAGGUUUUCGACUGCCAUUUGGGCUCAGACGUUAAGGACGUUGCGCGAGGUCUAUUUGCGGCUCUGCGCGCGAUGGACGAGAAGGAGGUCGAUGUUAUCUACGUCGAGGGAGUCUUGGAUACCGAGUACCUGGCUGCCGCGGUGAUGAAUCGACUUAGAAAGGCGGCUGGGUCAACUUUCAAGGUUUAG